AUGGAAUUGAAUGAGCGGCCUCUAUAUAAAUUGAUUGUCCAAGGAAUGCCCCUAUGGGGUCUAUUAGACUCAGGAGCCGAUUGCAGUAUCAUUAAAAAUGCAGAUUGGCCAAAGGCAUGGAUGGAUCAGCAUUCCACUCAAGUCUUAAGAGGCUUAGGCUAUGCCCAAGAUCCUGAGUGCAGUGCAAGCUUUUUGACAUGGAAAGAUGAGGAAGGACAUUCAGGAAUUUUUCAGCCCUUUGUCUUAAGUAUCCCCAUUUCUCUUUGGGGGCGAGAUGUGAUGAAACAAAUGGGAAUUACAUUAACCACAGAUAACUGUUAUAGCCCACAAAGCAAAAAGAUAAUGAGUAAGAUGGGCUAUAGGCCUGGUAAAGGAUUAGGCCUCAGGGAAGAUGGUCGUAGGCUUCCUAUUUCUGCCCAAGGCAACAUUGGUCGCCAAGGCCUGGGUUUUUCCUAG